UUAGAGAAAAAGAAAUUAUUAAGAGAAGUGGAAACAUUACAAACAACUGAAUCAAAAUAUGUGGUCAAGUAUUACAACUCAUGGGAUGAAGGCAAAUAUUUUUACAUUCAGAUGGAGUACAUUGAAUCGGAAAAUAUUGAAAAGUUUGUUAAACUCAAACGACAAGUAUUUCGUCAACAGUCGGGAAAGCCUAUGGAUUGUGUCGAGUAUUAUAUUUCGUGUGAAAUAUUCCGUCAGAUCUUAGAAAGUGUUCAGUAUUUACAUUCAAAACACAUAAUUCAUCGGGACAUUAAUCCGGGAAAUAUAUUAAUCGCCAAAAAUAUAAUGAACGGCAGAUUUGUGAAGUUAUGUGACUUUGGUUUCGCUACAGUUCACGACAAAUACAUUCAUUACCGGACAACACAUAAACAUACCAAAGAUGUGGGACACUUGCGUUACGCGGCGCCAGAGGUAAUACAGGGCGAUAAAUAUGGUCACAAAUCUGAUAUCGAUAGUUUGGGGCGAAUUGGUUGCGAUUUAUUUGACUUUAAUUUCUCGAAAUACGACCCAAACAUAAAAUAUUCCGAAACCAACGAUAUCCUAAAUGAGCCGGUACAUAAAUUUCAAGUUAUCCUGUUGUCAAUGCUGUCUAACCCUGUAUGGAAUGAUAGGCCGGAAUGCAGUGAAGUGUUGGCUAAAUAUAACGAGUGGUCUAUCGAUAAGGAUAUUUUGCCUCUGAACACGUGUGCGUUGUUUGCGACAAAUGAUGACUCGGUGUACAGUUUGGGUACCAAUUAUUACGGGCGUCUCGGAUUGGGUCACGACAAUUACAACACUGAACCGCAACUCAUACCAGAGAUAUGUCACCACAGUAUACAACAGUUUAUUAAUGGCUCGGACUUUGUGUUGGCUAUCAAUGAGGACAACCAUGUGCUCAGUUGGGGACGCAAUAGUGAGGGACAGUUAGGCCGUGAGCCGAUUUCUAAGGAGUUACCGCCAGAUGUAAUAUCAUACUUGAAUGACAAGAGUAUAGUCCAGAUAUGUUGCGGUCGUGAGCACUCCCUGACCCUAACCAAUGGGGGAGAGGUGUACGCGUGGGGCAGUAAUCAUUUCAAGCAACUCGGAGGUGGUUCCAGUAUAACCAAGUACGAAUGCACACCGAUUAAAGUGGAGUUCAAUGGUACUCAUAAUAUAAAAUCUAUAUAUUGCCAUCAUAAUGUCUCAUUUGCCAUCACAUACGAGGGACUGGUGUUUGGUUGGGGUAGAAAUAGCUACCACCAGCUUGGUCGUAAUUUACCCGAUUACAUACUGAGCCCUAAAUUGAUCGACACUAUAACCGGCGUUCAAACGAUCGACUCGUCAGGAUUGGUGACAUAUUUUCACACGACGUCCGGAGAGGUGUACUUUUGCGGUGAAGUCGGCGAUAAUAAUCAUAAUUAUAAAGAAAAU